AUGACGAAUUUGGAUAUGCUGCUCCUCAAGGGAGCUUCUGCAAGCGACCCGGAGGAGUACCUCCAGGAAUUGCGUUACACAAUCCUGACCAAAGGCAUUCCCGCAAACAGCGAGGGCAUGUCUGAACUGCGCAUCUACAUCUGGCUGAUCCUGCUCAACGCGCCGCCGCUCCGUACAGACGUGUACCUCGACCUCGUCCGACAAGGCGCAUCGCCGGCGCAUGCGAAAAUCCAAAACGACACGUUCCGCACCUUCCAAGGCGAUCCCCUCUUCCGUCGCCGCGUCACGCAAAACAGCAUUACGCGGGUCCUCAACGCCGUGGCGUGGCGGCUCAACGAUGCGCACGAGGCACGUGUCAAUGGGUGGCAGUCGCCCCCCACGCUAUCAGAGUUUGGCGGCAGCCCAGACACUUCGACCAUGAUGUCGCGGACGGGAGGCGCGCGCACAGAGGCAUCAACGACGAAUGAUGCUGAGCAGAUUGGCUAUGUCCAAGGCAUGAAUGUGCUGUGCGGACCUUUCUUGUACGCCGCCCGCAGCGAGGUUGAGGCUUUCACGGGCUUUGAGAAGCUGAUUACGCAAGAGUGUCCGGGUUACGUGCGUGGAUCUAUGGAGGGCGUGCACAAGGGAUUGGCGCUUGUGGACAGGGUGCUCGAGGUUGUGGAUCCCAAGCUCUACGAGUACCUCAUGGCGCACCAUAUGGAGGCGAGAAUCUAUGCUUUUGCCUCUGUGCUGACCAUGUGUGCGUGUACGCCGCCGCUGCCUGAGGUUCUGCAGCUUUGGGACUUUCUUUUUGCAUAUGGUCCGCAUUUGAACAUCUUGUGCAUUGUUGCUCAGUUGGUUGUUAUUCGUGCGGAUAUUCUGACUAGUCCUAGUCCCAACACUAUUCUGCGUAACUUGCCCGGCUUGAAUGCUCAGAAGAUCAUAGGUGUGGCUAUGAGCUUUGCCGGCAAGGUGCCAGAGGAUAUGUAUGCUGAGAUUAUUAAUCACGCAAAGUGA